AACCGACUGAGCCACCCAGGUGCCCUGCAGUUGCCUUUUAAUGAAACGGGCGUAGGAUAUGUUCUUUGGACCCACGAUCAUACAGGGACCCCACAGAAGAAACCCUAAAAUUGGGACUCUGGUCCUUGCUCCUGGAAGUGCCUGUGUCACUAAUAGAAGCAGGAGAACCAGGAUUCGCUUCAGGUCUCCAGGGCAACAGGCCAGGUGACCAAUCAAGUUCUAGGUCCAGGGUUGUUGUUGGAGGUGAAUGUGUUGCUAUGACUACUGAAUCCUGGGUGACCGACUGGACAGAAGGGAGACCCUGCUUCUCGUCCUGAGCCUGCGUCCCGUCAGCUUGUGGACAUGUCUGUGGAAAAAACGACAAAAGUCGAAGAGAGUUUUCAAAGGGUCCCGGGAUUUAAGAAGAUGGUUGACAGGUGGCGAAACUCACGCGCUCGCUCUCUGUGGCAGACGACACUAAGCCAGAGGAGAAACCUGUAUGCUGCCCUAAGGAUGCAGGACACCAUGGGACAGGAGUUGGCACUGGCCCGUAAGCAGCUACUGAUGGUCCGUCAAGCGGCCCUGCACCGGCUGUUUGAAAAGGAGCAUCGGCAGUACCAGCAGGAACUAGAUCGGAUGGGCAAAGCUUUUCACGUGGAGAGACUCUGAUGGCAUCUGAAACAAAGAUGGCUCUGAAAGGCUCAAAUGUAGACAGAUGGCUCAUUCUUCAGUCCUAAAUCUUGACUUUUUUGAAGUGUUUAUUCAUAGCCAUAAUCUUAAAACAGCUUCUUGGGUUUUA